AUGCCAUCUAUCCAGCUGCCAGUGCUACUCCUUUGCCUGACCUUGUCUGGUGUUUGCCUCAACGGCAAGCAGUCCCCUCCAGAAGUAAGUGAAAAAAUGGGAAGAAGUUCCCUGGAUGACAUCCUGCAGAGAUCUAGGAGCCACAUGCUUCCAUCUGUUGUCAAGAAAGUUGAGAAGAAAGAAGAGAUGAAUAAAGAACUAAAUGUGCCUCUACCACAACGGCUUUCCAAAAGACAACAUCCUGGAAAAAGAUACAUAAGCAACCUAGAGAAGAGACAGCAUCCUGGAAAAAGAAAUGCUGAAGAAGAGGCAUCUUUUGGAGACAUUCAGAAGAGACAGAAUUUAGGGAAAACAGAAGUAGAAGGCUACCUUGCCAACUACCUGGAGCUGAAAAAGCGACAGCAUCCUGGCAGAAGGUCACUGUGGGACCAGUCCACUGACAUCUCUAGUUCACAGCUAACUUACUUAAAUGAGUUAUCCAGGAGGCAGCAUCCAGGCAGAAGAUAUCUGAUGUUUAAGCACCAGCAUCCUAGCAAGAGAAGCUGGAAUGAUGAGCUAGACCUAGAUGAUCAAAACUGGGAGAAACACCAGCACUUUGGAAAAAGGGACAGGGAUUCUGACAGCCCAGAUCAUGCAGGUCCCUGUGAUCUUCAGCAGUCUGCCAUUUGUAACAAAGGUAGCUUGUUACUUGACUUAGCAGAAAAAUCUAGUAAAGAGAGGUUAGAAGAAAAACGUCAGCACCCAGGAAGGAGGUCAGCACGGGAGAACAAAACAGAGGAAUGA